UUUCAAUCGUGCACUCUCUCUCUCUCUCUCUCUCUCUCUACACUUUUUACAUUUCUUGGGUCUUUAGGGAUCUGUGGUUUUGUUGCAGUUCCAUUUGCAAACCUCUCCGUCGUUUUCAACGAGGCAAGAAAUAAUUGCAGUUUGCUUUCUAUUUGUUGUCCCCUCGAGUUCUGAACAUUCUUCACCUCUCUGGUUACCGAUUCCCGACUCCAUUUGCAGUCGCAUCCCUUAAGAAGCCCAGGAGGAAAAUGAAGAAGAAGCUUGUCUUGAAAUUGGAUUUACAUGAUGACAAGGAUAAGAACAAGGCCCUGAAGAUAGUCUCUGGACUUGCAGGAGUCGAAGCUAUCGUCUUGGACAUGAAGGUCAAAACGUUGACAGUGAUUGGAACAGAGGACCCUUUUAUAGUUGUGUGCAAAUUGCGCAAAAAAUUUGGGUAUAUUGAAAUCGUCUCAGUAGGACAAGCUAAGGAACCCACGAAGAAAGAGGAGAAGAAAGAAGAGAAGAAAGAGGAGGGGAAGAAGGAUGAACCUAAGAAAGAGGAGGCAAAGGAGGAGGAGGAGAAGAAAAAAGAGCCAAAAAAAGAAGAAGCCAAUAAGAAAGAAGAGGAGAAGGAACUGGGACCAACGGAGGGAAGCACGUCUCAGAGGCCCUACCCUCCUCCCAUACCAUACAGGCCAUACUUCUAUCCUCAGACUCAGACAUACACAUACACUGACGAAGAGAAUCCAAAUGCGUGCACUAUCCUCUAAUUUGGUAAGAUAUCGAAUCCUCGACUUUCUGUUAGUUGUUGCUGUUGAUGCAAAUCCGAGGACAUAUGCAAGAACAGAGAAGAUGCUGUAGUUGGUGGUAUGUAAAGACAAGUUUUGUUAAUUUUUCUCAAUGCUUAGCUUGGUGACGAUGUUAUUAUUAUAAAUCAAUGCCCUAUGGUUCUCUUCAGAACCAGCCGAUAUAUGGAGAUAAAUAAAGAAAUUUUUGUAAUUA